UUUCUAACACCUAUUUUUCUGAUUUUCACCCACUUUUUCACCAACACCUAUUUUUCUGAUUUUCACCCACUUUUUCACCACAUUAAUAUCUAUUUUCAUUCGUGAAUUAACACCAUACAUACUCUUCAAAAACAAAUUCACCAAUUAAUAUUUUGAUACACAAAAGCCAACGUUUUUUAACCACCACAAUACAACUCUUGUUCAAGUUUUUUGUUUGUAUCUUUUUACAGAAAGAAAAGACAAUAGAUGUUGGCACAGUACUGAGUCCAUAACAGAAAUCAAAUGAAGAAUAAGAGGAAUAGAACUCGCUGCAAAACCGAUUCAUUGGAAACUGCCGCUGCACAGUCAACGCUGCCAAUUGCGACCUUUGCAAGAUCCCUCCAUUCAGACCAACACCGCGCAGCAGGUUCCGAUCGGCGUGAGCUCCUCCGAUCCGGACUCAACUCAAUCACAACAGCAGAUCCACAAUGAUCGCAACGGACAACCACAACACCGUUCAAUUGUAGAUUGAAUACGUGACCACGAAACAACUUGCAAAAGUUUUCAAGCAUUCAAACUAUCAUCAUGUUUUAUUCUUUGUUUUGUUAUAUCUUGUUUUUGCAGAGAAAGAGAAAAGGAGAAAUAAAAAUAGUCCCGAAAACAAGUCCACUCCACUUCUCUGUUGCGCAACAUCAUCUUCUUGGCAUCUGACACCGAUCGAUCUUCGACAUCUCUCCGACGGAUGACGCAAUAGGCUAUGCUCUCUACCACGGCAAACACUGACACGCAAUCCAAACAUGAAUCAACUACAACGCACAAUUCUAAAUCACAGCGAACCAUUCCAUCACCGAUUCAACGCAGACUUUCACAUCGGAAUCAGAAUAAACGCAGAGCAUUCGUAGUGGCUUCUACUAUCAGAAUCGUCGCCUCCGAUUAAGGUCUCGAACUCGUUCCCUUUCCGAUUGCUUGCUAAUGAGAUGUGUGAAUGCUUUUCAUCUUGAAAUUUACGGCUAUUGUUGCUAUUUUAUUUGUGGAUGUUGUUUGUUGUCAUCUUGAGAUUUAUCACCUGCUUGUGUGGUUUUUGUGGUCAUGUUUAGUUUUGUUGAAUUGAGUUGAGAUGAACAUGAGAUAGAAGUGAGAAGAACAAUGCUGGGGCAGAGGGAGAGACCGAAAUUAAGUCAAAUGGGGCGGGUUGUUACUCAUGGGUUUUAGGGUUUUCUUUUAGUUGGUGGGUUUAUUUUUAAUAGACAAGCCCAAUUCCGUUUUCCUUUAUGCACCCCCUUCCCAGCGACCAUACUCAUAUGGUUAGACAGAUUUGGAUAUUGGUUUUGGGCCUCUCAUUUGAAACAGCCCAGCGGAUCACUGCUGACACCCCACUUUCCUGCUUGUUUUUAUAUCUCUUAAAAAUACAAAAAAUAUGCAUGUGAUUAAUUAGUUUUUUUUAAUACAAAAAAUGUUUUGUUUAGUUUUUUUAAAUGUUUGUUUUCUCUUUAGAAUUUGGUUUAGUCUGUAUUUAAAUUUUAUUUUGUUAUUCAAUUUUUAUUAAUAAUUGUGUAUAAUUUUGUUAUUUUCUCAUAUGUCAUUACUAACAUUUUGUUUUGAUUGUGAGGUACACUUUGAGGCAUUGGGCUAUUAUUAUGGACAUUUGCAAUUUUACUAAGUUCUUGUAUAUUUUACUUUCAUUUUGGGUUUGUAAUAGUUAAUUAGGACUUUACUUUCCGCAUCCCCCAUUUUUGGUCAUGUAAUCCCCCAUCCCGAAGCCUUGUAAUAGCGUAGGAUUUUCCUUUCCACACUUUACUUUCCGCACCUAUAAACUGCUAUAACUGUUUAGAUGUAUGCUAAUAGGAUUGCAUGGAAAGAUUAAAAUUGAACCGUUAGUUCAUUAACUCAAAGAUUAAAUAUCUGAACAUAACACACUCCUUUUUACUGUUCACACACUCACCUUUAGGGUUUCCCCUCUCACGUUGCCUUUCGAUUCAAUAGUCAAAUCCCCUCGAAGCGUAGGGAUACCUUAGCACAUGUUACCUACGAUUCAAAAUCAUCAUUGUCCAUUCAAAAUAAAAGAUCAUAGUCCCUUCGAGUUGCCUACGAUAAAUGAUCUUGUCCCUCGAGUUGCCUUCGAUUAAAUGAUGAUAGUCCCUCCGGAUUGCUAAGGUAUCUCUACUGGUUGCCUUUAUGACUAUUUACAACGCAUAGGACUUUCUACCCUUUUUAUGGUAUGAAUAGUCUCUAUGACGUUCGAUGACCCUCGAUGACCCACACAUCCAAUGUAUAUGACUACCUACCCUCAUAUGGUAUGGAUAGUACUAUCACUCAAGGGAAUUCUUAGAAUAGGAAAGACCUUAUGAACUUAGGGUAGGUUACUCUUAAGUGCUUGCUCACAACAAUUCAAAUCAAACGCUUUUUACACCCCGUUUUCUAACGUUGUCUUUUUAGACAUUUUCAAAACAAAUGUGUUUUUCUAAACACACACUACUUUUUCGAAACAAAUCAAACAUUUCAAACAAAAGUGAGCUAAGAAGUUAAGAGCCCGUGGAUAACUACGGAUGAAAAGGGUGCUUACACCUUCCCUUUUCAUAACCUACCCCCCGAACUCAAUCUCUUUUCAAAGAAGGUCUUUCCUGUUCUUUUAUACCUUUCCUAAUUGGAUAAAAUAAAAGUCGGUGGCGACUCAUGCUUACCGCAACAUUGUUGCUUAUAAAAAUAAAAGUCAGUUCACCGUAUUACACCUAUGUUAGUUCUCAAGACUGGAAGGCCGGACUUAAGAUUCCACCAGCUGAUACACGCUAUAGGACAGAGAGCACACUGGUUGCUGCUUCCUAUCAACCCUAUAAGGGAAGUCGUGUAUUAUCUGAAUUCGGUAAAUGGUGAAUGGACCAAUUAUCCGGCUAUGAAGGACAUCGUUGAUUUAUCAAUACAAGUGUUCCGAAGUCAACGGGACGCACAGGUAUCCCGGACUAAAUCUAACAACAUUACUUGGAUCCAAGUGCAGUGUCCGCAACAGCGAAACAGUUACGAUUGCGGAUACUUUGUUUUGAGGUUUAUGAAAGAAAUCCUUCAGGCGAAUCAAUUAGAGAUUCCGCUCACGUACCUUGACGAAUUCCGUGCUGCUGGGUACCCGAGACUUAAGUUGGAAGAAAUAAAAGAGGAUUUGUGUCAAUUUUAUAUUAAGCAAUUUUUCAUGUAGGAUUUGUGUCGAUUUGAACUAUAAUAUUAUUGAUGUUGUAAUGAUGUAUAUAUAUAAUUUUGGAUA